UGCACUAGUUCACCAAUGCAGCAGGAACAGAAAACAAACCUAUAGAUAAGCACAGCUCGGCCAAGGGAGGGUCCCUAGCUAAAACCAGCGACUAGCUGUCAUUUGUUCAGUCUCUCCAGUCUUCAACAUGUAAGGAGCGUGAGAGCUGGGGUACACUGAGCGAAGAAGAAGCUAUCGCUAACCUACUGAUAUUACUGGUUUAUAUAAAAGUUAAGAACAGCUGGCGUUGGUGCUACAACUCUUCCGACAAGUGUUAACGAUAAUAAAGUGCGCGUUUAAAAUUGAACGCAAGAUGUGACGUGUGAUAUAGGUAUAUUCAUUCUUCUUUCAUUUUCGGGGGCAUCCCCCGACAGCGAUGAUUUCAGUGGUUUGACUUGGUCGCGUUGCAAUUUUCGUAAGUAUACAUUUCUUAGCGCACAUAAUAAAAUAAUAGAGAAAAGUCCCUUAUUAUGAGACAGGCUCCUAAUAUGAGACGGCGGGGUUUCCGCUAAAUUAAUGGGCCUCAUCUGUUGGCUCCACCACGAAGUCGUUGACCCCGGAGCGAAAUCUGUUUAGUCGAAAAUUAAUUGUUAGAACGUGUAGUCGUUGCGAAAAAAGAUUUGGGAUGAAAUUUUGGUGUUGAAAAUGUAUUUUCUCGUUCAUCAGAAAAUCUCUCUUGUGUAAUCUUUAAUGCUUAAUUAUAAUUAGCUGUUGCUGCUGUAUAAUAGUUAAUUUUUUUCUAUCUUUACACAAGGUAAUAAGUGCAAAAAGAAAAAUCAGAAUCAUUUAUGAGUCAGUAAGGAAAUUACUCGUGGCACAUUGAUUUAUUCUGAUUUGUCCGGCAUAUUGCAAAGUUAAGUGAAAGACGCGUAUCGAAGAAAAAGAAAAAGAAAUAUAAGAAAGUAAAGAAGCAUCUGGGAAUUAAAUAUGGCGGACGGUGGAAAUCAGGCGCCGAGUUUGUUCGACAAAAUGGAAAACUUUCCACCGUUAGUUGCGGGAAACAACGUCAGUAGAAAUUGGUACACGUGGAAACAGAAAUUUUUAUCUUUCCUGCAGAAAGAAGACGCCAAGGAGUCAUAUAAGAAACAAUGGACAGUUAUAUUGUUAAUGUUAAUUGGACCGCUUGGAGAAGAAGCGUAUAAUACUCUGUCUCAAACUGCACAACGGUCGAAGGAUCUGAAAAUAGUAUUACGCGAGCUAGAUAUUUACUUCAUUUUCGGCAUUAGAAAAAGACAGAAUGGCGAGAGUAUCGACAAAUAUGUCGAUAGAUUAAUGCUUCUUGCCAUUGCAAGUAAUCACAAUGAUCCUGUGAGCAUUGUGAAGGAGAAAAUUAUAGAGGAUAUUAAAAAUUACAAUUUCACAGGAAGAGCUGCGCUUCUUGUGCGAUCAAAGGGAGACAGUCUGGUAUUGUAUUUGCAGUCGUUGGACUUUAAUCAAAUUACGCUGUUUUGGAAACAGUGCGAGGAAUUAAUGAUGCGAGAAAAUCGCGAGAACGUACAAGGGCGGCCUUUUAAUUCGCCGUCCGCUGAAAUGGAAUGCGCUCGCUGUGGCACUCGUCACAACAGAAACCGUUGUCCAGCUCAUGGGCUGCAAUGCGACAACUGUAAAGGGUUCAAUCACUUUACAGAUAAUUGUAAAGUAAAAUACGUGUCUAACUGCUCUAAGUGUGGAACGCAUCACGUUCAAUCACGUUGUCUCGCUUUCGGCAAAUUGUGCACUAAAUGCGGCAAGGUGAACCAUUUCUCCUGGUUGUGUCAAGUUCCUACUGUAAAAGAUUGCCUUAGAUGUGGUGGUGACCACGCUAUAUCUAUGUGUCCGGCACAAGGUCGUGUAUGCUCCCGGUGUAAAAAGCCAAACCACUUUGAGGAAAAAUGUCUAACUAAAAUUGAGGAUGAACAAGAAAAACGUCCGGUACAAGCGUGUCUUCGCUUAAAUAAGCAGUAGCACACGAGUGUUUAAUUCUCUACUUUAUCUUAAUCUUGAUAAUUUCUCUGAUCUGUUGAGAGAUUUUUCCAUCUAGCAAUAAGCAAAGGUCAAAUUCUAAUUUUCAGUAUUGAACAUCUGUAAGUGGAUCCUAAAAUUAAAACUCUAUCUAUCAAAUUAAAAAAAACAGUUUGAAAUUGAGGAAUGUAAUAUUGUUAUCUGUUUAUUCUGUGAAGUCUAUUUGAAACAUUUCUUUAAUGAGAAAAAACUCUAAGUUAUUGGUAUCUUGAAAAUUAUUAAUGCCUUCUGUCCAUUUUAAACAUUUUUGUUGUACACACAAAUCAAGUUUGAAUUGAUUGGAGAGUUUGUUUGAAAUUAAAGUC